AUGUCAUCGCAAGCUGGGAAAAAUCAGAACCUUCAGCAAACGUUAUUCCCAUCGGAUGAUGAAGAAGACGAGGAUGUCGGAGGGAAAGCUGUGGCGUUGACAAGGAAUAAGCAAGAUUUCGAAGAAUGGAACACCACUGAAUAUCCUAGACCGUCCGCUAAUCGUAUCGAGAACAUACUCGAAUUCUCUUCGAUGGUCAGUCAAGGCCUAGACGAAAGGGUCGCCCAAAAAUCUUACAAAAUCCGUCUGUGGUAG